AUGACUACAACGACAAGUAAGGUGGAUGUCCACGAAAAUCCGCAUCAGCUUCAGAAACUGCAGAAGCUCGACCCGCAUGAUUGUCUCAUUGUGGUAGCUGCCAAGACUGGCCAGGACGUGCAGCUUUCCAUGGUGCCACGACCGCAAGGUCUUCGGAAUGUUCUAGAACUGAAACUUGAAGCACAUCGUCGAUGGAAUACAAGCGUGUUCGUGAGCUUUCUAUCCAGUGUGGAUCGUAUCGAAAUUAGUAAGACUCGCACCAACGGCCACGAUCAGACAGUGUACUACACAUUGGAUGUUUUUUUGUGCCUUCCUACGUCUCGACUUCCGACGAGCUCGUGUAAUUUGAUACACGCCCCUUCUUCACGCCACAAACAUGUGCGUCGAACCUUCAGUGUGGAACGGCGCUUUGAUGAGUUUGAAGAGCUACGCAAAAACGUGUUAGAAGCUGUGAGUCAAAUCCCUCAAUGUACGUGCCAGUAUUGCUUGGACUUCCUUGUCUAUAUACACUACAAGUAUAAACAACCGCGCAGCAUUAUGAGGCUUACUUCUGGUUUAAAAAAGCGCAGGCGAAUACUCACGCGUUUUAUAAAUGACUUUGUGGCCAUGAGUCAGCGUCAGAUGACAAAGUCAUUUGUAGUAAAAGAGAUCACAGUUUAA